GCUGAUUAAACUAUAAAAUUCAUAAAUAUAAGUAGUUGUUAUGGCGACAAUUUUCCAAACACUUAGGUUCAAGUACAGUGUCUGCACUAAAUUAAAGUACACAUAUAAUAUGCAACCACUAAAGAUAAUUGUUACAGGACCUGUUAGGAGUGGUAAAACAACAAUAUCUAAUUUUCUUGCCGAUGCUACGGAAAUACCCUAUGAUUAUCAUCCAACUAAAGGUGUUCGAAUAUUAGAAUUUGAAGUACAAAACAUAAAUGUGAAUAACAAGCAUAUCGCAAAAGAUAUUGAAUUAUGGGACUGUAGUGGAGAUCAUAAAUUUGAAAGUUGUUGGCCAGCUAUAAGAAAAGAUGUGCAUGGUGUUAUACUUGUAUAUAAUGAAAAAUCAAAUGAAUGUUUGAAAGAAAUUCAACAAUUAUAUGAUUAUUUUAUUGAUCAAACAAAAUUAGAUCCAGAUAGAUGUGCAAUUUUCUGUUAUGACCCAGAAAAAAGAAAUCCAGAAAUAUCAAAAAUUAUUUCUUCAACAUUUAUGAAAGUAUCCCAUGUUAAAUGUAAUAUAGAAAGCGGUGGAAGUAAACUAAAAGCAGAUUUUGCAUCAUUCAUAAGUACAAUACUUAAUAAAAUGCAUCAUUAUAUAAAUCAAGAAGAUAAAAAUAUUUUAAAUGAAAACAUAUUGUUUACAAAAUAAUAUUAUUCAAUAUUAUAUAGCAUAAUAAAUUUUUAUCAUCUGUUUUUAGGAAUUAUAUUCAAAAAUUUAUUUUUGAUGCGAACAUUUUAUUGCAAGAAAAUCAAUUAUUAUCUUUUUACAAAAUAUUUAUGUAUUUUCACAUUCUAUAUUUCACAUUAUAAUUAUAGCAUACUUACACGUGAAUAUUAUGUAUUAUAUAUAAAAGUUUAGAUUUAUUAUAUGACAUUAUUUUGUUUACACAAUAUGUACGCAAUAUAUUCAAAUAUACUUCCU